AAGCUUUUCAUUCAUGUAAAAAUACAUGCGAGGGACAAUGAUGUGUGCCAAUCAAUCUAUAACAUAAAUCUGUAAAAUAUGUUAAAACAGAUAAAUCAUGAUCACGUAAGGCAAAAGCAUCUGAAGUGAACACUUUAAUCAUAAUAUUAUCUUAUUCAGAGUAAACUAAAUAUUGGAUUACUGAUAUCCAUUUGAACGUCACCAAUGAGAAGCAUCUAACCCAGACUAAAUAUAAAUCUAAAAUGAACAUAAACUGUGAACUACUUCUUCAAGUCAUAAUAGGGUUCUGCAUUUGAGUGUGAACGACGAUGAUGUUGUGCUCUCAGUUCCUCAAGGUUAUGCAGCUCAACAUGUCUCAGCUUUGGCUUGACUCUGUUGACUUUGUAAAGCGAGUUGCCCUUGGAUCUACGGCAGGUUAAACAUUAACCUGUCUGCAUUUGUUCAGUCCCACCUGCAUCUGUUACGCUGCGUCUGAUAGUAGGAAUAUCCGUAUGGGGCAUAUAUUUACAACAAAAAUCAUGUGUUUGUGGUCUGCCGUCUCUUAACUCGAGUCGGCAGAGUUCUUCGACAUGCUGGAAAGGAUGCAGAUUCCUAAAACAGAGGAGACUAAGAAAUACAAGGAUGACUAUAUCCCGUACCCCCGGAUUGAGGAUGUGCUGGAGAAGGGUGGUCCAUACCCUCAAGUUAUUUUACCUCAGUUUGGGGGGUACUGGAUUGAGGACCCAGAGGCUCCAGUUGGGACGCCUACAUCCUCAGACAGCAGCUUCUGUGAGGAGGAGAAUGAUGAUCUGAGUCCCAGUGGAGGAGGAGGUGGAGGAGGAUUCGGAUACAGGAUGGAGUGUAACAGCACGUCACGAGCCUAUCGCAAACACUUUCUUGGAAAGGAGCACAUGAACUAUUACUGUACAGCCAGCAGUAUGGGACACCUCAUAAUGUCUCUGAAGUAUGAGGACGCAGAUGGACAGGAGUCACUGCGUAUCAUGCUCAGGUCAAAAACAAAGACCCUCCAUGAGAGAAUCCCUCUUGAAGGUCUCAUUCAUCUGCCAAGCAUACCACAGAUUGCCAAGCUGCUCUGCGAUGAUGUCACAGGCCUGAAGUUCAACCCCGUUCUCUACCCCAGGGCUUCGCAACUGAUCGUCAGCUUUGAUGAGCACGAAGUGAACAACACUUUCAAGUUUGGAGUCAUUUAUCAGAAGUUCGGUCAGACAUCAGAGGAAGAGCUGUUCGGGAACAACGAGGAGACGCCUGCAUUUGCUGAAUUCCUCAGUGUUUUAGGAGACAACAUUGAAUUGCAGGAUUUUAAAGGGUUCAGAGGUGGUCUGGAUGUGUCUCACGGACAGACGGGAUCUGAGUCUGUAUAUACUACGUUUCGUCAGAGAGAAAUCAUGUUUCACGUUUCCACAAAACUCCCCUUCACUGAAGGAGACAUUCAGCAGCUCCAGAGGAAGAGACAUAUUGGCAAUGACAUAGUGGCAGCCAUCUUCCAGGAAGAGCCCACGCCAUUUGUGCCUGAUAUGAUCGCAUCCAACUUCCUUCAUGCCUACAUAUUAGUGCAGGCAGAAAACCCUUGCACCGAUCACACAACAUACAAGGUGUCCGUCACGGCAAGAGAGGACGUCCCACCAUUCGGCCCCCCUCUGCCAAACCCCUCAGUCUUUAAGAAGGGUCCUGAAUUCAGGGAAUAUUUCCUGACAAAACUGAUCAAUGCAGAGAACGCUUGCUACAAAUCAGACAAGUUCGCCAAGCUGGAGGAGAGGACACGAGCAGCGCUGUUAGAUAACCUUCACGAUGAACUGCACAGACAGACACAGGCUACGGUGGGACUGGGCUCAGCUACUGAUGAAGAAAAGCUGGAAAAUGGAGGUCAUGGUGGACUGCUGGAGUCAUUUAAGAGGGCCAUGCGUGUGAGGAGCCACUCCAUGGAGACGAUGGUGACCCACAAACACAAGAGUCCUGGGGCAGUGGCGGGCGUCCCUUCCAGUCUGAGCGGCGGUGGACUCCAGCAGAACAGCAUGGAGUGCACCAAGAGCACCUUCACUCCUCCAGUUCUGUCUGCGAAGUCUCCAUUGAAGAGUCCAGUAAAACGGCGCUCGGGGCUGUUUCCCAGACUGCACUCCAGCACAGAAAGUCCAACUGAGAAACAUCCCACUCGCAGUGACCAAAAAACAGAAGUGUUCCCUGCGUCACAGGAAGUGAGGUCAGAGACAUCGUCCAAUCCGAGCUCUCCUGAAAUCUGCCCAAACAAAGAAAGGCCGUUUGUGAAGCUGAAAGAGUGCAGCGGCAGAGCCAAUAUCUCCAUCUCCAGAUCCUCCUCCAGCACCAGCAGCUUCAGCAGCACCGCAGGAGAAGGAGACGCUCUGGAGGAACUUGAGAUGAUCAGUCACCCGUCCACGGCUUCAUCUGUCUAUUGUCCAUCUCUUAGCGUGGAGAGCCAGAGCUCUGGGACGCCACUGAUCAUGUGCCGCAGCCCCACAGGUGAAAUACAUGCUAACAACAACAACAACAAUGGGAAAAGCAAAACUUCACCGAGGUCAAACUUGAAAUUCCGCUUCGACAAACUGAGUCACUCCACAGUAAGUGUCGUGUCCUCAGAAAACCUUCAGAGCAGCGGGUCAUUAGGUCUGACAGAAAACACUGCUGGGACUAAAGGCAGUGACUUUGAAUGGAUUUUUAUAGAUUGGAAGAAAAAGGGACCAUUUUCUCAAGCCAAUGCAACAGUUACGACUGUUCAACAUAAUACACAACUCAACACUAUGUUAAAAACUCAAAAGUAAAGAGUUUAGGGCACGAAAACACCAGUCUUAGUAGAAAAAGCAACAACUGUCUCUGUUUUUUCCAGCAUUUUAAAUGUAGUGUUGACAACUCUCUUUGCCUAUAGCUGCGAAUGAAUGCUUUCUAGACAGACGCUCAAUAUUAACACAAUACUUGAAGAGGACAAGUCAUUAAAUGUUACAGAAGCGAACUGAAGUAGAGAUUACGGGUCAUUCGAAGGAGUCUUGUAACGUUGCCCGUCAAUGCUAAGCCUUAAAAUACUGUACACGAUAGAAAGAUGGAUUCAGAUUUUUCGGAGUGAUGUAAAAAAGAAAAAGCUUUCCUGAGGGCAACCAAAGAGAAAGAUUACCCGGGUUUAUUUGUGGUAAACUAUGAGAUCGAAUGGAUGGUGAAAACACACUUUGUUGAUUGCUCAUUUCGUCGUACAUUUAGUUCUUGACAUAUUUGUUCAACACUGAUUUGGCAGCUGCUGUUGACUGUAUUGAGGCGGCAAUUAACUAACAAAAUAUUAUUUACAGAUAACAGCUCUGUAAAUUAAAAUAGUUAUACAAUUUA